AUGAAUUCAAUGAAAAACGAUGCCGGAGGGAUAAAGAAAGAGUUGUUGAGAUGCAUGAGGAAAAAUAAUUCUGUACCAAAAUCCUCAGCGCCUUAUGAAAGUAUUAAUCAUCGGAUGCUGUCGCAGUGCCUUUUUGGGCUUGUCUUCGAUGCAGUCGUCACUGAUAAAUUUUUUUUUCCCCUCUCCUUUGUUUCCUUGCAGCCAACUGGGUACAUGGAAAACUCCAUUUCCUACAGUGCUAUUGAAGAUGUUCAACUGCUGUCCUGGGAGAAUGCCCCUAAGUACUGUUUACAGCUCACGAUCCCGGGGGGUACUGUCUUACUUCAGGCUGCAAACAGUUACCUGAGGGAUCAGUGGUUCCAUUCUUUGCAGUGGAAGAAGAAGAUAUACAAGUACAAGAAGGUGCUCAGCAACCCCAGCCGCUGGGAGGUGGUGCUGAAGGAGAUCAGGACACUGGUGGAUAUGGCGCUGACGUCUCCGCUCCAGGAUGAUUCUAUUCACCAAGCACCACUGGAGAUCGUCUCAAAACUGCUCUCAGAGAACAACAACUUAACCACUCAAGACCAUGAGAGCAUUAUUGUGGCAAUUGCACCUUUGCUGGAAAACAACCAUCCUCCUCCCGACCUCUGUGAAUUCUUCUGCAAGCACUGCCGAGAGCGCCCACGGUCAAUGGUUGUGAUAGAAGUGUUCACACCAGUGGUACAGCGGAUUCUCAAACACAACAUGGAUUUUGGGAAAUGCCCUCGAUUGCGUCUGUUUACUCAGGAGUACAUUCUGGCUUUGAAUGAGCUGAAUGCUGGAAUGGAGGUGGUGAAGAAGUUUAUUCAUAGCAUGCACGGUCCAACUGGACAAUGCCCCCAUCCUAGAGUUCUGCCAAAUCUUGUAGCUGUCUGCUUAGCAGCCAUUUAUUCAUGUUACGAGGAGUUUAUCAACAGUCGAGACAAUUCGCCAAGCCUGAAGGAAAUUCGGAAUGGCUGCCAGCAGCAGUGUGACCGAAAGCCUAAUCUCCCCCUCCGCCUUCUUCACACGAGUCCUGACCUGGUCUCUCAGGAGGCUACCUUGACUGAAUCCCGGCUCAAGCCAGUCAUUGUCACUUCAAAUGAGAUCCAUGUGGAAGUGGAGCACAACAACAAGGCUAAUCAGAAGAUGACAGCCAACGUGGGCAAUGACAGCGAGCCCAACCUGAUUGACUGCUUGAUGGUCAGUCCCACCUGCAGCACCAUGAGCAUUGAGCUGAGCGCCCAGGCAGACAGGAUCCUUGGCUGCUAUGUGGAAAUACUCAAGAUGCUGUCAGACUAUGAUGACUGGAGACCAGCCCUGGCCAGCUUGCUUCAACCUAUCCCAUUUCCCAAGGAGGCACUUGCACAUGAGAAAUUCACGAAAGAGCUGAAAUAUGUGAUUCAGAGAUUUGCAGAAGACCCAAGACAAGAAGUCCACUCAUGUUUGCUGAGUGUGCGGGCUGGCAAAGAUGGCUGGUUCCAGCUCUACAGCCCUGGAGGAGUGGCAUGUGAUGAUGAUGGAGAGCUGUUUGCCAGUAUGGUUCAUAUUCUAAUGGGAUCUUGCUAUAAAACAAAGAAGUUUUUGCUUUCAUUGGCUGAAAAUAAAUUAGGACCUUGCAUGCUGCUGGCCUUGAGGGGUAACCAGACGAUGGUAGAGAUUUUGUGUUUGAUGCUGGAAUACAACAUCAUCGAUAAUAAUGACACCCAGCUCCAGAUCAUCUCUACUCUGGAAAGCACAGACGUGGGAAAGAGAAUGUAUGAACAGCUGUGUGACAGGCAGAGGGAGUUAAAAGAGCUGCAAAGAAAAGGUGGUCCCACGAGGUUAACACUGCCAUCCAAGUCCACAGAUGCAGACCUGGCCCGCUUGCUGAGCUCGGGAUCUUUUGGAAAUUUGGAAAAUCUCAGCCUGGCCUUUACCAAUGUAACAAGUGCUUGUGCUGAGCACCUCAUUAAACUGCCUUCACUCAAGCAGCUGAACCUGUGGUCAACCCAGUUCGGAGACGCAGGGCUGCGGCUCCUGUCUGAACACCUCACGAUGCUGCAAGUGCUCAACCUGUGCGAGACGCCUGUCACGGAUGCUGGGCUGCUGGCCCUUAGUUCCAUGAAGAGCCUGUGUAGUUUAAACAUGAACAGCACCAAACUUUCAGCAGAUACCUAUGAAGAUCUCAAGGCCAAACUGCCCAACCUGAAAGAAGUGGACGUACGUUACACCGAAGCCUGGUGAACUCUGCCUGCCUCCGACUCUCUUUUGCUUCUGAUGGGAAG